AUGACGGCUGGAGAUGUUAUCACACAGAUACCCCGUGAUGACUUCGAGCACGAGGACUACGUAACUCCGGCCACAAAACUGAACGGGAAAAGGAAGAAGAAAAAGGAUAAAGAGAAAUCGCGACAAUCCAACUCGUCGAGAAGCAAACCGCCGAGAUGGGGUCGAUGGAUGCAAUCGUUUUGUUGCUGCAUGGCACCACAACAGGAAAUCGAGCCAGUGCGCACGAAUCGAGGGCCGCUGGUGCCGGUAAUUGGAGGUCCUAGUGCCGCUCCCACGUCGCCCACCCCGCAAAAGCCGACAACUCUCCCAACUGCUUCGAUCACUCCAGCAUCACAGCACAGGAAUAGCAAGGGAUUCGAGUCGCUGAUUACACAGGUGAACAAAGAUGGAACGAUAACCGUACCACUUCCCACCGAGCAACAAAAAUCCGAAUCGGCUUCGAUCAUUAAGGCUCAUCAACAAGCGCAUCAACUGUCACCAAACGGGAGUCCGGUAGCGCAAGUCAGUCAAGGAAGUCUCCAAUCGUUCUUCGAGAAUCUCAGGACGAAAGGGGGUGCAGAGCAAAUGUGCUGGUUCUUCGUUUGGCUCAAUUUCACUUUU